UGACUGGGGGGAACAGGGGUUUCUAUAAGGUCUGAACCACUCAGCUGUCUCUUUUCAAACCAUCUGCAAGAGAUCUGAAUAAAGACAUCCAGGAGAAACGGGGAGAAGGUGCCAAGCUGAUUCUUUCAACUUCACCCUAGUCAUUCAUUCACCUUUGACCUGUGCACCAUGACUGUGGAGAGCAGGCCAGAGGGCUUCAGUGAGCCUCAUCUACCUGACAACACCAAACCUAACUCAAAAACUCAACCUGCUGCCAAAUGCUGCUCACCAAAUCUGAAGAUCUUCAUUGGAGUGCUUGCCUUCUGCUUUUUCUCAAAAUCUAUGAGUGCAAGCUACACAAAGAGCACCAUCACUCAGAUCGAGAGGAGGUUUGAAAUCCCCAGCUCCAUCGUGGGCAUCAUCGACGGCAGCUUUGAAAUGGGUAACCUGCUGGUGAUCACAGUGGUAAGUUACUUUGGGGCGAAGUUCCACCGUCCCAGGAUUAUUGGAACUGGAGUGCUGCUGAUGGGUGCGGGCACUCUGAUAAUGUCCUUACCUCACUUCCUAAUGGGCCGAUAUGAUUAUGAGACAGUUGCUACUCAUGUUAAUGGUGCUGAUAAUCUCACAGUGACCUCCCCGUGUUCAUCUACCGGCAACAACUUGGCUCAGCAGCACACUGCAGGGUGUAAUAAAGGAGAGGAGGGUUCUCCGAUGUGGAUUAUCGUGCUGUUGGGAAAUAUUAUUCGUGGUAUCGGCGAGGCCACUGUGGGUCCUCUCGGGAUGUCAUUUAUUGACGACUAUGCCAGACCAGAGAACUCCGCCUUCUACAUCGGAUGUCUCCACACCAUCUCUGUGAUUGGUCCGCUGUUCGGCUACUCGCUGGGGUCACUCUGUGCCAACAUCUUUGUGGACAUUGGCUUCGUGGACAUGGACAGCGUGACGAUCACUCCUCAGGACUCCCGCUGGGUGGGGGCUUGGUGGUUGGGUUAUUUAGUGGCCGGGGGUCUGACUCUGCUGUCCGCUGUGCCGCUCUGGUUCAUGCCCAGAUCUUUGCCCGAAAUCCCUCAGCCUUCUGGACCAGACACCAGCACAGACCAGCCCUCGCACACCUCCACCGAGCACAACACGCCCGGCCUCGCCGAGAUCGCCAAGGAUUUUUUGCCGUCGCUGAAGCGCCUGCUCUCCAAUAAGAUCUACAUUCUCUACUUGAUGUUUAAUGUUGUGAUGUUCAAUGGUUUCGUCAUCAUCAUAACUUACACUCCCAAAUAUUUCGAGCAGCAGUUUGGACAGAGCGCCUCCAAAGCCAAUUUCUUCGUAGGUAUAACCUCUAUUCCAGCGACGUGUCUGGGUAUAUUCCUGAGUGGAGUGAUAAUGAAGAAGUUUAAGCUGGAUCUGCUGGGAGCUUCCAAGCUGAGUUUUGUGACGUGUAUUACUGGGUUCCUCUUCACUGUGCCUUACUUCGCCCUCAGCUGCCCCAACAGAGGCGUGGCUGGCGUCACUGUGCCUUACAGAGGACCUGUCCCCACAGGAGAUACGAGUGUGAGCCUGCUGUCCUCCUGUAACUCAGACUGCGGCUGUCCCCCGAACCAGUGGGAUCCUGUGUGUGGAAGCAAUGGAGUGACCUACAUCUCGGCCUGCUAUGCCGGCUGCAGCUCCGCCCACGGCUCAGGCAGGAACAUGAGUUUUCAGGGUUGCCAGUGUGUGGAGAGUUGGGGUGAGGGUGAGGUAAACUCGACGGCAGUGUUGGGACAGUGUCCCAGAGAAAGCAGCUGUGCUACCAUGUUCUACGUCUAUCUGGCCCUGCAGUCUCUCAGCUUCUUCAUCUACUGCCUGGGCUCUGUGCCACUUUUCCUCAUCUGCCUCAGGACUGUGGAGCCAGAACUAAAGUCUCUGUCUGCAGGAAUGUUCAUGCUGGUUCUCAGAGUUCUGGGGGGGAUCCCAGCACCCAUCUACUUUGGAGCGCUGAUUGACUCCACCUGCCUGAAGUGGGGGAGCAGGAAGUGUGGGGGCAGAGGGGCAUGCAGGAUGUACGACACAGGGACUUUUAGAUAUCUGUUCCUGGGUCUGACCAGCAGUCUGAGGAUCUGCAGCUAUGUCCUGUUCUGGAUCACUCUGACCCAGAUCAAGAAGAAGGUGAAGAAGGGCCAGUGGGCUCUUAACGAAAUAGAGCUGAAGAAGCCUGCAGGGGGCGCUGCUGAAGCGUUACUGAAAGAGAACUCUGUUACAGAGCAGCACGAACCGAAGCCCAUCAAAGAGACAGUGUGAUGGGUCUCAAAGACCCUUAGUCAACAUUAAAACAUGCCCUUAUCAAACAUCUUCCUAUAGAGUCUCCCUGUUUCAACUUUUACAGCAAGCAGUGCUUGAACCAAGGCCAGAAACAGCAUGGAGGUUCUCAGCCAUCCCAACAUAGAGGACAAGGAACGGCUUCUGCCUGCAGGUUAUUCGAACUCUGAACCAAGACUGUAACUUGGAUUUUAUCACACAAAGGACUCUUCAUGACUUUUGAAUGACUUAGAAUUAUUAGAUACUGUUAGUUAUGUUUGUCUUCCUAUUGUUUGUCUUAAAAAAAUAAAAAAUGUCUUUGUUACAACUGUGA